AUGGCUGCCCUCAACAAGAUCGCCGCCAACUCCCCGUCGAGACAGAGCCCCUCCGAGCUGGAGACCUCGCUCGCCAAUGCUCUGUACGACCUCGAGAACAACACCCAGGACCUGAAGACGUCUCUGCGCCCUCUGCAGUUCGUGUCGGCUCGUGAGAUCGAGGUCGGCCACGGCAAGAAGGCCAUUGCCAUCUUCGUCCCGGUGCCUCUGCUCCAGGGCUUCCACAAGAUCCAGCAGCGCCUCACCCGUGAGCUCGAGAAGAAGUUCUCCGACCGCCAUGUGAUCAUCAUUGCCUCGCGCCGCAUCCUGCCGCGUCCCAAGCGCUCGACGCGCUCCCGCACCAAGCUCACCCAGAAGCGCCCGCGCUCGCGCACUCUGACCGCGGUCCACGACGCCAUUCUGUCCGACAUCGUCUACCCGGUGGAGAUUGUUGGCAAGCGUGUUCGCACCAAGGAGGACGGCAGCAAGGUCAUCAAGGUCAUCCUGGACGAGAAGGAGCGUGGUGGUGUCGACCACCGUCUGGACGCCUACGCAGAGGUCUACCGGCGGUUGACGGGUCGCAACGUGGUGUUCGAGUUCCCUCAGAGCAGCAUUUCCGAUUACUAG